AGCCGCGCCGCUGCCGCUGCCGGGAACGGCGGGGCCCGGCGGGAACGGGAGCCGGGGAGCGGAGGUGCGUGUGAAGCGCGGCUGGGCCACCCCCGGCCCGGGGUAACUCGGGCAGCCUGGCUGGGGAGCAGCAGCUGGGCCCCCAAGGGAAAAGGAGGGAGUAGGAGGGCAAAGGAUGCGCAUGGAUGGGGGAGGUAACGCGCAUCCACGCGGUCCGGUUGCCCUAGACGUGCUUUCUAAAGAAGUGAAGGAAUGUGGAUUUUUGUCCUGAAGAAGACACUGUUCCCGUGAUACCUUGACUUAGUUCACUGAAAAUGAAGCAAGAUUCUACUAGAAACAUUUCUUACACUGUGGAUUGCGAGGAUUAUGUGCACGUGGUAAAAUUCAAUCCAUUUGACUGUGGAGAUCCAUGUUCCCUCAUUGCUUAUGGUGGCAACAAUUAUGUGGUUGUUGGGACUUGCAGAUUUCAGGAGGAGGACGCAGAAGUGGAAGGCAUGCAAUAUAAGACACUUAGAACAUUUCACCAUGGAAUCAGAGUUGAUGCCAUAGCAUGGAGUCCUGAAACUAGACUUGAUGCUAUACCUCCUCAGAUAAGGUUUUGUACUGCAGCUUCUGAUAGGAAGUUAAGGCUGUUUACUUCAGACCUGCAAGACAAGAAUGAAUUUAAGACAUUUGAUGGCCACUCAGAUUACAUUAAUGAUCUGGUCUUUGCUCCCAACGAAGGUCAAGAAAUUGCAAGUGUAAGUGAUGAUCACACCUGCAGGGUCUGGGAUUUGGAAGGAAAUGAGAAGGCCCAUUUUGUUUUACGUUCUGCUGGAAUGAGUGUUUGCUGGCAUCCUGAGGAGGCUUUUAAGCUGAUGGUGGCAGAGAAGAAUGGGACUAUACGAUUCUAUGACCUGAUUACACAGCAGGCCAUUCUCUCCCUGGAGUGUGAACAAACACCACUGAUGUCAGCAGACUGGUGUUUAAAAAAUACUUUCAAAAUUGGAGCAGUUGCUGGAAGUGAUUGGCUGAUCUGGGAUAUCACUCGCUCCAGUUAUCCACAGGAUAAGAGACCUGUCCAUAUUGACCGAGCCAGAUUAUUCAGGUGGUCCCGAGUGAAUGAAAAUCUGUUUGCAACCACUGGAUAUCCAGGAAAGACAACUACUCAAUUGCUGGUUCAUCAUUUAGGACAUCCCCAGCCCAUUCUUACUGGAACUGCAGCUGUAGGAUCUGGUUUGACAUGGCACAGAACUCUUCCAUUAUGUGCAGUUGGAGGAGACCAUAAAAUUUUCUUCUGGGUUACUGAAAUGUAAAACAAGUAUUUGCCUUCAAUAUGAAGCUUGACAGCAUGCCUUUUUUCUAGUAAAAUGAAGAAAUUUACUCUUUGUGAUGGUUUUCACUUGGACAGCAGAAGAAAGAAGCAAACAAGAUACAAAUCACUCGUGUUUGAUUUUUAGCUUGCAAGCACAAGACCUUUUGAAAAAAUUGGUUAUCAUCCAUCUGGUUCUUGGUUAUUUCUAUUAAAAUAAAAUGUACUUUUUAAACAUGG